AUGGCCCGUUCCAUUGCUCAAGCCCUAAAUCUGAUCCGAACCACCACCGCCCCAUCCACAGCUAGCCGCCGGGAUGCUGUUCGCCUCGUAGCUUGUAGGUGCGAAUCCACUCAGCCGGAUAGACACGUGGCAUCUGACACAUCGGAGGCGGAGGCUGUGGCGGUGCAGAGGAUCGAGGACGCUAUUCAUCGUAUCAUAGUACGGAGAUCGGCUCCCGAUUGGCUUCCUUUCUGUCCUGGUGCUUCUUAUUGGGUCCCACCUCGACGAAGCUCCUAUGGUAUAGCUGACCUCGUUCAUAAACUCUCCAAUACGCUAUCCGAAGAGGAAACUAUGUCUCUCGCUACAUUCCGCGGCUGGCCUUCCUCUACUUUUUAUCUUAAUAAUGACAAUGCCGUGACAGAGAAUGAUAGUAUGUCCAAAAAGGUGAACCAGUCUGACAACGAGGAAGAUUAA